AUUAGAGGUCCAGAGGACGACUGUAUGGAAACAGACUGAACAUCUUCUUGUUUAUGUGGGAUGGAUUUCGUUAACUCCACCCGUCUGACUAGCAACCGAUCAGACUUCAGCAGUGUCUUUACCCAUCAGGUGCUGCCUCCGCUUUACUUUGUGAUCUGUGUUGUGGGCCUGUGCCUGAAUGGCAUUUCCGCCUGGAUCUUCUUCAGAGUGCCCAGUGACUCUGGUCUGGUGGUCUACCUGAAGAACAUGGUGGUGGCUGACCUCCUCAUGCUUGCCACCUUCCCCUUCAAGCUGGCCACUCAGCUGGGUCUGGGAGGCUGGCGCCUCCAUGUGGUCAUCUGUCGCUACAGUGCCGUGCUCUUCUACUCCUCAAUGUAUGUGGGUAUCGUCUUCAUGGGCCUCAUCAGCCUUGAGCGCUAUGUCAAGAUUUUCCGUCACACCUCCUCGCCCUCCUCAUCCUCCUGCAGGUCCAGGUUGGGUGGCGUGUCUGCACUGCACCUCCUGCAGAGUGUUGUGUUUGCUCGGGUGCUGGCGUUCCUCACCUGGAGCCUGCUCCUCCUCUGCGUCCUGCCCAACGUUGUGCUGACCAGCCAACCAGCCAAUGAGGAGAACUCCCGCCACUGCAUGAAGCUCAAGACACUACUGGGUGUGCAGUGGCACCGGUGGUCUACACUCUUCAAUGUGUCCCUGUUCUGGGUGACACUGGUGGUCCUUGCCUUCUGCUACACCUCCAUCGCCCACAGGGUUUACCAGUCGUACCGCCGCGUGAGGCGCAACAACAGCGACGUCUGCCGUAAAUCCAACCGCAGCAUCUUCAGCAUCCUGGUGGUGUUCUUUGUCUGCUUUGUGCCGUACCAUGUCUGCCGAGUGCCAUACACCCUAAGCCAGAUGCCAGGAUCGGGCUUCACUUGGUACACUCGCUUCCUGCUGUUUCAGCUGAAGGAGGGGACACUCUUCCUGUCUGCCCUCAACGUCUGCCUUGACCCCAUAAUCUAUGUCCUGAUGUGUCGUACGUUCAGGGAGUCACUGCUGAAGAAACUGCCGGGGGGAGAGAGGAGGCCAUCCCUGACCACUGGCCACAGUCUGAGCAACAUUUAGGAGAGAGGAGACAAGAAACAAGAGAGGAGGAAGUCCUUGACCACCACCUAGGGUCUCAGCAACUUUAGGAGAGAAGAGACAAGGAAAUUCAAGUUUGUUUUUAACCACAGUCAUUGCUUAUGUCUUCGUCCUUUUACGACGUGUAGACAUUCAGACUUUGGGCUGACAGUGUUUUCUUACUGUGAAGAGGAGAAGUCAGCAGUGAACGUUUCAAAAGUGGUACAGGAAGUUGUCAGGAAGUUAAUUUCAUCGUUUAUCUGACUCACAUUUACCAAAAAUAAAAAAGAACACCAUCAAGUACCAUAUCUGCAUCGUUCACAAGAAAUGUGGAAAAUGUAUACACAUAGAAUGUUUAAUUAUGUUUAUAAUGUUUAGAAGUUUACUGUGCAAGGGGGUGUGGCGGUGUUAUUUAUUGGAACAAUGAAAAUAGGAGGAAAAUAAAAGUUGAAAGGGAGGCUGAUGCCACAGUCUGACCUUUGCUGAUGUGGAAGUGAAAGUGGACAGUGAUGACUGCGCAUCAAACCUGUGGUGUCCACUUCUUCUCCUGCCUCAUGCCGCUGUAGUGGCCAUUUUCUGCAGCCAGCUGGUUUGGUUUUGUGGCUGAGAGAGAUCACAUGAUUUGCUUUUGUCUCCACUGCUUCAGGCUUAAAUGACGCACUGAACAAUUUGACUGUUGUUCAUUUUAUUUUAUCUCAGGCAAGAUUUUGCAGAACAAUCAACCUUGAUUUUUACCUGGAAUAGAGACCUCACAUGAAAAUGAACAAGUUUAGUGCAGUAAAUGUCAUUGGAACAUACAGAGGCAAAACAAGAGGACCCUCCUGAGGUUUUUCUUUCAAACAAACCACCAACAGAACCACACAUUUAUCAUGACAUCAUGACAUAAUGGCUGCUCCCUCCUGGCAAAAAAAGAAAGCAAAUGGCACAUCUAGUAGAAUGUCAAGUUUGAUUGUUGGGCUAAAUCUCAUGUAAAAAUAAAAAUGAACUUACCACAGUCCUAUUGUUUGGUGCUUCAUCUCCACACAGGUGCAGUGUGUAGAAUUUAAGGGGACUGUAUGAAAAAACCCCAUACAAUAUCUGUUGUGUUUUCAUCUGAGAAUGAGCUCUUUUUUUCAUAUCCCAUUAACCCAAGCAUUCUGUUAUUUUCUGUUAUUAAUUUCUUCUGUCUUUUUGUUUAUUUAGUAUUUCCCCUACAGUGAAAAGCAGACUUGGAUACCUUACAAUUGUUAAUAUAACUAUUGUUAUCAUUAGUGAUAUUAGUAUUAUUAUUGUUAUUACUACUACUAUUACACUGAAGUUGGCUCUUGUCCAGUGGCCCAGGAUGGACAAAUCAAACACUGGCCCAGUGGGGGACUUGUCAUCAGUUAUAUAUAUAUUUUUUUUUUUGACAAAAUCAGGGAAGAAGUUUGUGUUUUUUAGCUGUUGAAGUUGUACAGUAGAGUUCAUGCAAAGAAAAAAAAUGUUUUGUUUCUAUUUUAAAUAAACUUAAUUGA